AUGGCGACCGAGGGGGAUGUGGAGCUAGAAUUGGAGACUGAGACCAGUGGCCCGGAGCGACCUCCCGAGAAGCCACGGAAGCACGACAGCGGUGCGGCGGACUUGGAGCGAGUCACCGAUUAUGCGGAGGAGAAGGAGAUCCAGAGUUCCAAUCUGGAGACGGCCAUGUCCGUAAUCGGAGAUAGGCGGUCCCGGGAGCAGAAAGCAAAGCAGGAGCGGGAGAAGGAACUGGCAAAAGUCACCAUCAAGAAGGAGGAUCUGGAGCUGAUAAUGACAGAGAUGGAGAUCUCUCGAGCAGCAGCAGAACGGAGUUUGAGAGAACACAUGGGCAACGUGGUAGAGGCUCUUAUUGCCCUGACCAACUGAUUUGUGCUUUCUCAGACAUACCCACUGGAUUAACUUAUUUCAAUAAAGAUGCCUUCUUUUUCUUGCA